CAGAAAGAGAAAGCUUCGAAAGUUAGGUGAUUCAAUUGUCAAUUACAGAUCACCUUUUCUGAAGAAUAAUAGAAGGCUAUGCAAGGAAUUUAGCAGAGAUGAAAAGAUUGUUCUUGAUUGGGGAUUCUCAAAAGAAGUUGAAAAAGACUGUGUCUAUAUAGAUGAGGAAGGUGUGUUUAUAACUCAUGAAGAAAUUCAGACACUUCAAGAAGGAAAUGUAGACAACUCAAUAAUUGAUGCAUUCACUAAGAUUCUGAAUGACAGAGAAGAAUCAAAUAAGUCUACAAAGCGUGCCUUCAUUGCGUCAACCCAAGUAUAUGCAAUGUUUGAUUUUGCAUCUGGUGACCCAAUAGAAAAUAUGGUUGAUAGAUUGCAAAAAGAAAUAAAUGAUGCUGCAGCAGAUGUCACAAAAUUAGAUAUGGUAAAAUGUCAUUAAUAUUUAAUUUUACAUAAUUCAAGUGUAAAAACACAAGUCAAAUUUGGUAAUCC